UCACGUGUGCUCAUCCAGAAAUUAUCUGGGCUUUGAUAGUUGAGAGCUCAGACACACCUACCAAUUCGGUGGAUUGCAGUACAUUGCCGUUAUUUUUAUUCAUUGCAGUUGUAUUGUAGCUUUUGCACUCUUGCACACAAGAUUUGAGAUGAUGGAUGCCAGCAUGCAGUUUCUUCACAAAUCUAUAUCAGCUCUGAAACGACUGUUGAUGGACGUACAACAAAUAGCGACUCUGGGAUGUCUUUUACUGAUGGUUGAGAUUGUCUUCAAUGUACUCAUUAUUCGCUAUGUUAAGUACACAGAAAUUGACUGGGUUGCUUACAUGCAGGAAGUGGAAGGCUUUAUAAACGGCACUUGGAAUUACACUGAACUGAAAGGAGACACAGGACCUCUUGUCUAUCCGGCUGGGUUUGUGUAUAUUUACAGCAUUUUUUAUUUCAUCACAUCUCAUGGCACCAACAUACGUCUAGCUCAAUACAUAUUUGCAAUACUCUAUCUGCUGACCUUGAUGGAAAUCAUUUAUAUUUACCACAAAUUAGCAAAGGCACCUCCAUAUGUCUUGGUAUUUAUGUGUCUAUUUUCAUAUCGUGUUCAUUCUAUCUUCAUUUUACGAUGCUUCAAUGAUCCUGUUGCUAUCUUGCUACUCUACUUUUCUAUUAUUUUCUUUUUCAAUCACAAGUGGUCUGUGGGAUGCCUCAUAUUCAGUUUUGCAGUAUCUGUAAAGAUGAAUAUUUUGUUGUUUGCUCCUGGUUUGUUUCUUCUUCUUCUUGAAGCUUGUGGCUGGAUGGGCACUAUGAAAAACUUGCUCAUUUGUGCUGCUACACAGGUGGUUCUUGCCAUUCCUUUUUUGUAUGAAAAUCCUGUUGGUUACAUUAAUCAAUCUUUUGAACUGGGGAGGCAAUUUAAAUAUGAAUGGACUGUCAACUUACGAUUUCUUUGGGAAGAUGCAUUCCUUCAUCGCGGUUUCCACAUUACACUUUUGGUGUUACAUCUCAGUUCACUCGCUCUGUUUGCUUGGAAUAAGUGGCAAAUGAAGAAUGUGCUGAAGGGCCAUUCGUCUGGUGUGCUGUCUUGUCAAAGAAUUGCAACUCUUAUGUUUACAAGCAACUUUAUAGGCAUGUGCUUUGCACGAUCUCUUCAUUACCAGUUUUAUGUCUGGUAUUACCACACUCUUCCGUAUCUUCUGUGGCUCACAACAUUUUCUCCAGUUUGGAAGUUAUUGAUUCUUGGAAUUAUUGAGAUGUGUUGGAAUACAUUUCCUUCGACUGUACUUAGUUCAGUGACACUGCAGGUGUGUCAUGCUGUCCUCCUUAUUGCUUUGUGGAUUGGUUCUGCAAAGUCACCACCAACUGCAGACAAAGAUGUUUGAAACUGAAUUGAUUGUGAUUUGUACAUGUGCUAUUAUAAAUAGCUACUGCUACAAGAUAUCUCAAAGCUGCUCUUUUGCUUUGUCACUAAACAUCGAAAUGAUGGAAUGUACAUCCAAUACUGACUCCAGCAUCUGGUCCUUGCUUGGUGACAGUACAGUACAGUACAGUACAGUACAGUAUGUCUAGCUGCAACCAAGUGUGACUUGAAAUCAGCCGUAAGAAUUUUGGAAUUUCU